GUCUGAAAUUGUUUCGUAAUUAAUCAUCUACGAUGAACUAUUUAAAAGACAUAAAAACAUUUUUGAAUAUUUCUCAAAAGCUUCAGAUAUUACAAGCUCAUAAAAAACUGUCGAGUUCAUCUUCAAGUGAAUUAUCUCGGAAAUUUGAGCCUGGUCAGAAGGUAUCAAUGAUUAGAACAGUUACAGAAGAUGAUGUAAUUAAUUUUGCCAAGCUGACUAAUGAUUAUAAUCCCAUUCACUUAAACGCAGAUAAAAAAAUAGUUCACGGUGCUUUAUUAAAUGGAUUCUUAUCCGGAGUUUUAGGUACAAAAUUACCAGGACCAGGAACACUUGUGGUUCAUCAACUACUUAAUUAUCCAAAGCCUUGUUAUGCUGGAGAUGUUAUUGAAAUAUCAGUGACAGUCUUAUCGAACAGAAAGAUCAUAAAAUGUAGUUACAAAAUCGUAGCUAAUUCUGAAAGAGUUGUUUUAGAUGGAGAAGGGAAGUUUGUUUUCAUUGAUCGAUUUAGUAAGAUGACCUAGAAUAAAUGUUUGAAAUAUUUCAAGUGGAUUGUUUUC